CGUUAAGCGCAGCGUCAAGAAAAGUUUACAAACACAAUGGCUGAGGAGGAAGCUCCGACAUCAAAAGAAGAGCCGUUUCCGCUGUUCCUCAUAACAGCAAACACGACACAGCAGAAUAAACGGAGGAAGGUGACAGACACGGAGAAGGAGGCAGACGGAGAGCGACAGGAAACCAGGAUAAACAUCGGACCUGCUUUUCAGAGGUGGAGGAAGGUACGGGAACAGAAAGGGUUCAAAACAGAUGCAGAGUUCGCCACAUUUCUGCUGAACAGUGUUGACUGUGCAGAGGAUUGGACAUGUUGUCCAGAUGAGGACAAAGGAGAUGUUUCAACAUCAGAGGAAGAGGAGACUGUAGAAGAGGAUGGCAUCAGUGACUAUAAUGAGGAUAAAGACUACAUCCCUCAUGGAUAUUUCUGUGCCGGUGGUGCCAGUAAAACCAAAAUGUCCUCGGAUGCUCCAGAGUCCAUCAGCAGAGAGUUCACCUCACAUGAAGCUGUAGAGCCAACAGAGCAGCUACCAGGCGGGAGUGAAAAAAUGAAAGUCCAGAGAAACAAGCCUUACCAUCAGCUUGGAAACCAGGAAAAAAGUGCUGCCGAGAGCCACUACCAAGACUCCACGUCACAGAACAUAUACCUGAAAAAGACGAAAACGGAGGAAGAUCACAGACCUGAAACACAGGAGCAGGAUUGCAGCACAGCGCCUACGGAUGUUUUCAGUGCAAGUCCAGAAUCUACCAGUGAGCACUCCAGCUUCCCUUAUGAGACUGAAGAAAUAAUAUCACACCAGGAGCUUCGCACACCAAAGAAGAUCUACAAAUGUCAGACUUGUAAGAUCCGAGUAAUCAUCAAAGAGGAAGAGGAAGGCUGGACUGUGAGUGAGAAUAAUGAGAGCCUCAGCUCAGAGAGGGAAAAAGAGGACACUUCUGCAGACACCUGUCUUCCCCACCAGAAAGCGUGUGGGACGGAGAGCUCUGUUUCGUGUGGAGUAAAGAAACACCAGAGAGGCUGUUCAGCGGAGAAAUGCUUUGAGAAGCCUGACCCUGCCACAGAGAACCUGCAGAGACACAUGCUCAUGAGCGCCGAUGAGAAACCUCAGAUUUCCUGUAUGCAUGGCAAGGUGCCCGGAAAUGCGACUGUGCAUCAGUGCAAUAACACAGGAGAGAAACCCUUCUCCUGCCCAGGAUGGGACAUGACCCCCAGUCACAAAAGGAAUGUGAAAUCCCAUCAGAGAACAGAGGCAGGCGAGGAGUGUUGUGCCCAAUACCAGAGAGCAUCUUUACACAUGGAAGAAGAGCUACAACAGACCAAAACAUCAGCAGCUUGCCAAACUAAUUCUCCUGAACGUAAGCACCCGAAGUCACGCGGACUCAAGGUGGCAUCUGAAAACUUAAACGACCGAACACUUCGUUUGACUGUAAGACUGCAUGCGGGGGAGGAGGAGGAGGAAGACGAGGAGGCACAAGAUGAAGAAAUUGGAGGCUUAAUAACUCUGAUGGAGAAGUGGUUGAAUGGGAUUCAGCAGGCAGCCCUGACAGAGGCUCUGAUUGCACAGCAGGUCCUCAGCCUAACAAGGGCUGUCUCCCUGCCUCAGUCUCAGCUGCGAGGUCAAGCCAGAGAGACAGCAGCAGUCCAACGCUCAUCAUGGAAGUUGUUUCUGUGGGGGAAGAUGAAGAAAGGGAGGAAGCAGAGGAAACACAACAGGAGCAAAGAUUAA